CAUGGACACCGCAGGAAAGGAGCGCGAGGCCGUGCAGCUGAUGGCGGAGGCCGAGAAGCGAGUCAAGGCCUCCCACUCCUUCCUCCGCGGGCUGUUCGGAGGAAACACAAGAAUAGAAGAGGCUUGUGAAAUGUAUACCAGAGCUGCAAAUAUGUUCAAGAUGGCUAAGAAUUGGAGUGCUGCAGGAAAUGCAUUUUGUCAGGCAGCCAAACUCCACAUGCAGCUUCAGAGCAAACACGACUCUGCUACCAGCUUUGUGGAUGCUGGGAACGCUUACAAAAAGGCAGACCCGCAAGAGGCUAUCAACUGCUUAAAUGCAGCCAUCGACAUUUACACAGACAUGGGGAGGUUUACGAUCGCAGCCAAGCAUCACAUUACUAUUGCUGAGAUUUAUGAGACUGAACUUGUAGACAUCGAGAAGGCUAUUGCACAUUAUGAGCAAUCUGCUGAUUAUUACAAAGGAGAAGAAUCUAACAGCUCAGCUAACAAGUGUCUGCUGAAGGUGGCGGCGUAUGCAGCCCAGCUUGAGCAGUACCAGAAAGCCAUCGAGAUCUACGAGCAGGUUGGGGCAAACACUAUGGAUAACCCUCUGUUGAAGUACAGUGCAAAGGACUACUUCUUUAAAGCAGCCCUCUGUCACUUCAUAGUGGAUGAGUUAAAUGCCAAGCUUGCUCUUGAGAAAUAUGAGGAAAUGUUUCCUGCGUUUACUGAUUCAAGAGAAUGUAAAUUAUUGAAAAAACUUCUAGAAGCUCAUGAAGAACAGAAUAGUGAAGCUUAUACUGAAGCUGUGAAAGAGUUUGACUCCAUAUCCCGCUUGGAUCAGUGGCUGACCACCAUGCUGCUUCGUAUCAAAAAGUCCAUCCAGGGGGAUGGAGAAGGAGACGGAGACCUGAAAUGAAACAUUUCUGUCUUUGUAGCAUGCAGCUAACCCCACUUUAGUUUUGUCUUAGGGCCAAGUGAUCUUUCUGGGAUGCCCAUUUAAAUGGCUUAAUUUUGUUGCAAACGAGCAAAUGAUUGUGUGUUGUUCAAGCUCACCACGUUUCUGUGACUGUGGAGAAGUAUGGGAGGCCACUGUGCAUCUUGUGGUUAGGGUGGAUGGACUAGACUAUUUCCUGCUUAUCAGAAUCCCGAGAGUUUUCUCAGUCAAACUUCGGAAUCUCAUUCCUAUUAUUUUGAUAUUCAUGGAGCCCAUGUUUAAUGUCGCUACAUUUUUAUGCCCUUUUUCUUGGACAUGGGUAUUUAGCCCAGUUGUUCUAGUAGAUGAUUUGCGUAUUCUGUGUACAUUUGCAUUUGGGUAUUUUCUUUAUACAUGUGUGCUUAGUUUAGGAUACUUUUUAGAGAUGAGUUUAUACCUUGCUUAGAAUUUUUUUAUAUUUCGUUAUCCUGUGAUUACGCUAAUGGUGCUAGUGAUAAGUUCUUUUGCUUUUGUGUUAUGUCGUACGCUAACCUGUGCAUGGCGGGAGUUCAGACAGCCAGGUCUGUCAGCAUCAUUUAUGUGAGAAGCAGCUCCUGGGAGUAAUUGCUUUAGGUGUGGAUAAAUGUCAAGAUGGAUUUGAUCGAUUUUUGCUUUUACAUACACACAGAUAUGUCUAAGAAAAUUUUCUUUUUUCCUGGAGAGAGCUCCCCACUUUUGGUUGGAGUAGAAAUCCCUUUUUUAACACUCACUCGAAACUGUUUUGACUAGCACAUCCUGUUCUUCGUUUUCAUGACUCUGUUCUUGCUCCACAGCAAGGAGGCAUCUUCUGGGCCUUGGCCAUGUAAAUCUUGGUCUGGGCCAAUGGAUUAUUUAGGUCAAAGUUCAAGAUUGUAGGUCAUUAAUUCUGUCUGUUUUCUAAACCUGCUGGAUCGAGGGGCUAAUAUGGUCCUGGAGUUUACUCCCAGCUGGGCAAGAGCCCCAACUUGUCUCUGAGGUGUUGGGUAUUCUCGUAGCUGGUGGACUCAUUUUAGCUUGUGUGUGUGAACUUUCCUUUUUCUUUUUGCUUAUAUGGUACACGUAUGCGCUCUUCAUCCUUGAGCCCGAUCCUAGCUGUAACUGAUACAGUGACACUGUGCUUUAAACAGGGCCUUGUUUCCUGGAUCGCCUCUGCAUACUGUUAUGCUUAGGUGGUUUGGGAUUGACAUGCUUUUGUUGCCAGACAUAACCUGUUGUUUUUCUAAAGUGUGCUGAUGUCAUUAAUGACAGACACUGGGACUUACCGUGCUGUGUCUGGUGAUAAGUAGUAUUGGAAUGAUGCUUAUACUUUGGGAUGGCCCUCAGCUGGGACUAAGAGGAUUUUGUUGGGCAGGAGUAGAGUGGAUGUGCCCAGACUCAGGACCAAGUGGGGAGGGCUUGAGGAAUGAGAGUCGAUAGUGGGAAAUGAAGUUGAGAAGGGCCGACUGAGGCCAGAUCACAGAAGUCUCCAUUGAGCUGGCUGUGCGGCGUCACUGGCCGCCAUGAUGGUGGUGGCAUACCUCAGGUGGACUGGUAGAGCAAGGUGGUCAGUGAUGUCAGUGUCCAUGUGGGGGGCACAGGCCAGAAAUCACACUCGGCCAGUCCCUCCAGUCCUUCUGGAUCUUUUCCUUCCUCUGACCUCAGGGUUCAUGACUGAGAGCUGGCUGGCACGGAGGUGAAAUGCGGAGUGGAGCCCAGGUGGUGCUUCUUCCCUGUGUCUCCUCUAUUCAUGGCAGAGUGUGUGUUGCACACAUGAGAGUGUGCAAGGUAGAGAGAGGGGCUAGUUACACCACAGUUCUUUUCCUCCGUCCUGUCGAGUCUUGGGCAUUUGCACAUAUGCCCAGCAGGUUCUAGGCUGGCUGGGUGGGGGAUUUGAACUGCAUUCACCAUGUGGCAUCUGGCUUCUCUAGAGGAGGGCAUUACCACUACACCACAGAUCUGGCUCUGUUAGAAUCUCUCAUGAAAAAAGUGAUCAGAGCAUAAAGUGGAUCCUUUUGCUGUGUCUACCGUGUCCUAUAGCUAGUCAGACACACUGUCAGAAAAGUGGGGUGCACAGGGCGUCUGCAGCCAGCACCUGUUGUCGUUCAAUCUGUUGCGUCAGGAGUGUUUCCACGCCAGCCCCCAGUGUGCUUGCAUCAGUGCUAGUUUAAAAAGGUGGUUUCCACUUGGGAGAAUCUUCUGGUCCGACCAUUUCAAAUAAAAACCACAUGAUUUGUCUUAGGGCAGUUCUGUUUCACUUCCAUCAUGAUUCCCUAACGGAACCCUGUCUUGAGAAAAGAUGUAUUUUGUUCAUUGGUUUUAGUUUUGAGAACAGUGCUAAUUAACGGCAGUCAGAUUCCCUUGUUCAUGUUGAAACUGGGGUCAAUGACUAUGUUGAGAAUUUUCCUUUUUAAUAUUUCACUUGGAAAGAACAAAAGCAGUGACAAUGUCUAAAUAGAGUGCUGCCAGGAAAGAAUGAGGGGAAAAGCCCAGGUAACGUGUGCAAAGCUUAGCCUCCUCUAACUGCUCCGUGAACUCAGGCCAGCGCCGUGUCCCAAGAUGCCUGUGAGGUAGGCUCUCAAGGUUAUACUUAGGAUUAUUUAUGUUGCAGUCCUGUAUUUCACCCUGGGGUUAGUUCAUCGUCACGGUCAGGUUCCAUUUCUUACAGGAAAGCUUUGCUUUGUGUGGCCACCUUUUUAUAGCUUGUGUGAGUUCCUUUUUUAUGUCAUGAUUUGACAACAGUAUUUUUGCACAAUCGUGACCGUGUGUGAUGGUGUCACUAUAACCAGAGUACCUGCGCCAACCUCGUGCAUUGUGUUUCCUCUGGUAUUGUGCAUUUUCCGUGUCCAAGUGCAAACCUCUGUGGCUUUCUUCGGAGGAUUCUGCCACACAGCAUGCCCCGUGACCUGCCCUGCCCACUGUGGUGUGAGCUGUGACAGUGGCAGCUUUCCUGCCCUCUAAAGUCCUGAGUUGCUUUUGGGCAGGGGAUUACAUUGCAAAAACUAAUCAUGUAAUGAUAAAUCUUCCUUAGCAGAAAGAGUAUGUUUGUUUCAUGUGAACCUGUACAGUAAAUAAAGUGGAAAUUAUGAGUAA